AUGUUGAGGGUCUGUGAGAAACUCCGCGAGGCGGACUCGAAGGGUAGGAGGUAUGGACUAGCCCGUGCGGAGACAGGCUACCUCCGUGCCCUGGUGGACGCCGUGGCUGACAAGGACAGGCUGGCGGAAGUGGAGUUGCUCAAAAGUCUGGGCGACGUGAACUUGGAGAAGGGAAGACUCGAGAAGGAUGUAGGGAGGUUCAACAUGGCCUUGGCGCUUUACGUGGCUGCUAUGGUCCGGUGUGGCUAUCGGGAUCAAGGGGAUGGUAUAGAACACCGAUACGAAUACGCGGAGAGACUUUUACAAGGGGUGACGUCAAAGGGGUCACAGGGUCAGGAACAACAAACUGAAGACAAGGAGACGACUACACCUGCAAAGGUGGCUCUGAAGUUUCAAAACCUCGACAAGAAACGGGCUGCCGGUGGUAACACAGACUCCAUGCUGGUUGGAUACGCACAAUUAAUAGUAGAGGGAAUAGUAAACGAGAACAACAUGUUAGAAACAGAAGCGAUCAAAAGCCUCGGUGACGUGUACCUGAAAAGAGGAACAGAAACUGUAGACAAUAGAGACUUGACCAAAGCUACUGCUCUGUACAACACGGCACUGGCGCGGUGUAACAACGUUCAGGGAACAGUUGUUAUUCUCCAUCGCUUACAGUUCACAGCAAAAAUCAGGCAAGACAUCACCACAAAAAGCAUAAAGAAGUCAACUCGGACACAACGACAACAAGACGUGCAAAAACGAAAGGACCACAUCUCUACCUUCUCAACUGCAACCUCAAGUGACAAUACUAAUGACCGAAUGCGCCGUCCACACAGAUCUGUGAACUACGGAUAG